AUGGCUUCUAGCGCCCUUAAACAUUAUCAUGAUAAAGAUUUUGAAGCCAAAGAAUUUGUUGAAACUCACUUUUCUCAUGGAGAAAUUGGAAUAAUAGAGGAUAGCAUGGGCCAACCUGUGAAAAUAUUACAUGAAUUGUUUUCUUCAGAUUCAAGCCUUACCUGCUAUUGCUAUAAAAAGGAAAUUAUAGAAACAGAUCUCAGCAGAGGUUUCAAAAUACUGACAAUGGCUUCUAGCUCCCUUAAGCAUUAUCAUGAUAAAGAUUUUAAAGCCAAAGAAUUUGUUGAAACUCACUUUUCUCAUGGAGAAAUUGGAAUAAUAGAGGAUAGCAUGGUCCAACCUGUGAAAAUAUUACAUGAAUUGUUUUCUUCAGGACAAGUGAAAGGAGAAAUAUUGCUUGAUGUUAGUGCUGGGGCUAUACUCUACCAGCUCUUAUCAGCCAGCAAUGUUUUCAAGGAGAUUUAUGUGAUGGAUUUCACAGAUGCCAAUAUCAAACACUUCAAGCAAUGGCUGGAGAAGGGUGAAGAUGCCACUGACUGGUCUUUUGCUUCCAAACGAGUUUGUGAACUUCAAGGCAAUAGAGAUGGAUGGCAGGAACAGGAAGAGAAAGUGAGAAGAGCGAUUAAAAAUGUUAUGAAAUGGGAUAUCUUUGAAAAUAGUUGUAUAGAUCCCCAACUUGUACCCAUGGCUGACUGUGUUAUCAGUCUCUUGAUAUUGAAUAUAAUUAGUAAAACUAAGGAAGAUUUCCAGAAGAACGUGAAAAGUUUCACAUCACGGCUUAAGAUCGGUGGACAUCUGCUGCUCUUUACUGUGCUGGAUAUGACCUACUAUAGAGUGGGGCAGCACAAGCAUUUUAUCCUUACAGUGGAUGAAGCUUUUGUACGAGAGGCAGUGAUUAAUACUGGGUUUGUCAUUGAGAAGGCAGAUUUAUGGUGUAAUAGAGUUGAGUCUUAUUUUGCUGAUUAUAAGCAUAAGUUUUUCAUCCUUGCUCGCAAGGAAAGAGAGGUUUAAAGUGGAAAAUGGGAAGAUUUAAAUUUCCACUGACCCAUAUACAGUAUCUGUUGAUGUUUCUGCGUUGAAAUCUAAACUAUUUUAAUGUUACAGCUACACCCAGUUGCCUUUUGUAUAAAUGAUCUCUGCUGGAGAGCCAAAGAAGAUAUACAGUACACUCAUGUACCAGAAAACUGAGAUAGGCGCUUCCAUUCACAGUACAUACCCCACACCCAGCAUUAAAUGGUAUCUUCCCUAGUAGUGCUUUGAGUAUGACAAGAAGUGGUCAUAUUCCGAUUUAAUGUUGUUGUGGCUUUCUCUGCCUCUGGGGCUAAAUCAUAACUGAAAUUAAAGUUGAUUUAAUAUGAUUGAA